AUGAGUGUCGUAGGCAUCGAUUUCGGUACUCUGAAGACCGUCAUUGCGGUGGCUAGGAAUCGGGGUGUUGAUGUCAUAUCUAAUGAGGUCUCUAACCGGUCGACGCCAUCGCUUGUUGCUUUCGGUCCAAAAGCACGAUACCUCGGAGAGCCAGCUAAGACUCAGGAGAUCACGAACCUAAAGAACACAGUUGCUUGUCUCAAGCGCCUUGCUGGUCGGUCUGCCAAGGAUCCCGACCUUGAAAUCGAGCAGCAGUUCAUCACGCCCCCCAUCAUUGAUAUCAAUGGACAGGCAGGUGUUGAGGUCACAUACCGUGGCGAGAAGGAAAAGUUUACCGCCACCCAGCUUAUCGCUAUGUUUCUCGGCAAGAUAAAGCAGACUGCGGCCUCCGAGUUGAAGCUUCCGGUCUCCGAUGUCGUCAUCAGCGUACCCGCCUGGUUUACCGAUAUCCAGCGCCGAAGCCUAAUUGAUGCUGCUGAAAUCGCAGGGCUUAAACUCCUCCGACUCAUCAAUGAUACAACGGCCGCUGCCCUGGGCUAUGGCAUCACCAAGCUUGACCUCCCCGCUGCGGAGGAGAAGCCUCGACGAGUGGCCUUUGUGGAUGUUGGAGACAGCACUUAUACAUGUUCGAUUGUCGAGUUCCGGAAGGGAGAGCUCGCCGUAAAGUCCACAGCAUACGAUCGCCACUUUGGCGGGCGUGACUUCGACAAGGCUCUCGUUGACCAUCUUGCGAAGGAGUUCAAAGGCAAGUAUAAGCUUGAUAUCUUCAGCAAUCCCCGUGCAGUAGCACGAGUCCUGGCCGCCGCCGAAAAGACGAAGAAGAUCCUGUCUGCCAACCAAGCAGCCCCUGUCAACAUUGAAUCCCUGAUGAAUGAUAUCGAUGUGUCGGCCCUCAUCACUCGUCAGGAGUUCGAGGCAAUGGUCGACCAUCUCCUUAACCGGGUUCACAUUCCACUCGAGCAGGCCUUGGCCGAUGCCAAACUUAAAAAGGAAGACGUCGACUUCGUUGAGAUGUUGGGCGGUGGUAGUCGAGUCCCUGCUCUGAAGGAACGGAUCCAAUCCUUCUUUGGCAAACCUCUAUCCUUCACCUUGAAUCAGGAUGAGGCUGUUGCCCGGGGCUGCGCCUUCAAUUGUGCCAUCCUCUCUCCUGCUUUCCGCGUCCGUGACUUCGCCGUUCAGGACAUUGUCAAUUACCCUAUCGAAUUUGCAUGGGAAAAGGCUCCUGAUAUCCCCGACGAAGACACCAGUCUUACUGUCUUUGGUAAGGGCAACGUUUUGCCAUCGACCAAGAUUCUCACCUUCUAUCGGAAGCAGCCCUUCGAUCUGGAGGCACGCUAUGCCAAGCCAGACGAACUUCCUGGAAAGAUAUCGCCUUGGAUCGGCCGGUUCUCUGUUAAGGGUGUGAGGGCUGAUGAGAAGGAUGAUUUCAUGAUCUGUAAGCUGAAGGCGCGGGUCAACAUUCAUGGUGUCCUCAAUGUUGAGAGUGGCUAUUACGUUGAAGAUCAAGAAGUCGAGGAAGAGGUCAAGGAUGAAGAGAAGAAGGAUGAAGAGAAGAGCCCAGACGCCAUGGAGACGGACACGACUAAGGAUGAACCCCCGAAGAAGACUCGAAAGGUCAAGAAGCAAGUCCGCAAGGGUGAUCUUCCGAUUGUCAGCGGCACAAACUCCCUCGAUUCGACUGUUUUGGAGGCUUUCGUGGAGAAGGAGGCACAGAUGGCUUCGGAAGACAAGCUGGUUGCCGACACUGAGGAGAAGAAGAACGAGCUCGAAACAUACAUCUACGAGUUAAGAAACAAACUUGACGACCAGUACGCCGAUUUUGCGAGUGAUGAGGAGAAGACGAAGAUACGCGCCAAGCUUGAUGCUGCCGAGGACUGGCUGUACGACGAGGGCGAUGAUACUACCAAGGGUGUUUACAUUGCCAAGAUCGAUGAAAUCCGUGCCUUGGCCGGCCCAAUAGUUCAGCGUCACUUUGAAAAGCUCGAGGCAGAGCGACUUGCCGAGCAAGAACGAAUUGAAGCUAAGCGGCUAGCCGAGGAGGAAGUCCGCAAAGCUGCUGAGGCUGAACGAGCGGCUAACGGUAAAGAUGAGGAGAUGACGGAUGCGGAGGCACCGAGGCCGGAUGGAGAGGCCUAA